AUGGGGCGGCUGGUGCUCGUAGCAGUGCUGAGGGAGGGUCACUGCAGUGCCGGGAAGCCUACCCGGGCGGGGGAGGGGGCGGGCGGGGCCGGGAACGGGAAUAAUGGGAUAACUGGGGUCGCUGCAGUGCCGGGGCAGCGGGCGCGGCAGAGGCGGCGGGAGGGGCGGCCUCCCGGAGCAGGGGCGGGAGCAGCACCCGCAGGGCCCGCGCCGCUGCGGGACUCAGAGCGGCCGCAGCCGGGUACCCGAGUGGGCGCCCCGCAGGCGUUCGGACCGAGUGUGGCCCAGGACGCAGAGGCGGCGCCACCCGCCCUGCUCCGGUCGCGAAAUCCAGAACUCCUUGGAGGAUUCAACGGUGAGUCUGGUGCUGCCCGCGGGGUGGGGCUGGGGUGUCCCAGACCCAGCUCGCGGCACCCGCUGACAGUCCGGCAGUGGGAGCGGCGGCGACCGCAGCGGCCACCACUCCGGGACCAGCUCUACCAGGGUGGGGAGAAGUGCCCCGGACGGAUCCCCCUGCAUCCCCCUGCGCCGACACCUCUCAGCGCCUUGCCUCUAAAGACCCCUUCUUUUCGCCUCCUUAUCUUGUUCUUCCCAACCCCCUCCAUCCCAGCCUGUAGCCCCUCUCCGCGCCCGCAUCGGAUGCGGCCUGGCAGCCUCUGGGAGCCCCGCGGAGCCGGCAGGUACGCGGGUGGCGGUGAAGCCCCGGAGCGGGUGUUGGAACAGCUGCGAAAACCACCCCCCAUCCCCCGCCCCCAGAGGAGCCAGCGGCGGGACUGCCGGGCGCCCGGAGUAACGGGCCAGGAUGCCCAUCUCGCCAUCCUCCCUCCUUCCCUUCCCCUUCCCUACCUACCCCCUCCCCCGCCACCUGUCGACCAGGCGGGAGCCCGGGGCCCCCCUGCAGGCCCGCCUCCUAGUGCCUGA